AUGGCGUCAAACGGUUAUGAACUCAGCGAUACGACGACGGCAGCAAUCGUUGAUCUGCAUAACACUUUUAGGGAGAUGGUAGCCAAUGGCACUGCUCAACCGCAGCAGCCGAAAGCGAAACGUAUGCUCAAACUGAGGUAUAACGAAAGCAUUUCCCAAACAGCGCAGGAAAUUGCCGACAAGUGCGACUUCGCACACCAGCCUCCGUCGAACAGCUUCGGCUUCGACUGGAUCGGUCAGAACUUGUACGCCGAAUUUUACAGUCAGAAGAUGAACCUCUCGGACGAGGACGUCCGCCGGCUGUCGGAACGCGCCGUCAAGACGUGGUACAGCGAAAUCGAGAACUACGUCUACCCGACGUGUGUCAAAGAAGUAUGUGGCCACUUCACGCAGUUGGUGAACGACUAUACGCGUUAUGUCGGAUGCGGCGUCUCCCAGUGUGACACCCUCAGAACACUGAACGUCAAGAACGCCGUUCUUGUGGUUUGCAACUACGCACCAGGGGGGAACAUCAUCGGGGUGCCGCCUUACGUCACAGGCGAGCAACAGUGCCCGCAAAACUACCCGAAAAAGACUGUCUACGGACUAUGCGAUUCCGCAUAG